GCCCCUCCGGUUGCCAAGGGCCAGCCGGGCGUGGCAGUGAGCGUGCCGUUGAUUGGUCCCCCGGGAAAGCGGGAACCAAUGCCGAGAGCCCUUGGUGCGGGCUCCCUAGCGAGGGGAAGCGUCUGGAGCUCCGCUAGCACAGGUCCUAAAGCUGCUGGUUAAGGUCUUUGGGCUGGGCGAAAACGCGUGGCUUGGGGGACAGUGGGAUCAUUAGCAGCCCUAGCCCAGCCCUCCUCCUCCUCCCCGGCCACGAAAAUGCCUCUUGGGCUCAGGAGAGACCGUAGGAGCCAGUUUAAACACAUAAUUCAUGGCCUUGUUCCUGCAGCUACCAUAGCACCCAGACCAGCAGUUCCUCGAACACCUCCACCUCGUAGUCCAGAUCCUUCUCCAGAAAGACCUAGAUCUGCCCUUGCUGCAGCCAUCCUGGUGUCCACAUUAACCGGAAGGACUUUCGCUAUUCCUCAGCCUACUCGUAGAUCACAUUCUGAAAGUGAUACAACAUACCUGGAAGGAGAUAGUGGCGUCAUUGAACCUUAUGCAACUGUAACCGAGUUCAGACCUGGACCAGAGUGGCCAGAUGUGCAGGAAAAAAGAUAUUCUUUACCAGCCUUUAAAAUGUCAGGCUAUAGUGAGGAUGAAGAUGAAGAUGAAGAUGUUGAGACAUAUCUCUCUGACAGUUACAGUGAACGUAUUGAUCUCAGUACUCAGAAAAAAGAAAACAAUUUUGAGGAUGCUAUUUACGCUGUUCCACACAGAAGUAAAAAGGACACAGAUCCAUUGGUUUUUAGGGCUUAUACUGAAAAGGAUGGAACUACUUCUGAACAAAGCGAAUUCCCAAAUUUGGAAGUUGGAUCAUUGCAAGUGAAAGGUUCUGUUUUAUUUUCUUUAUCACAAGGUAAACAUCCUCUUCAGAAUUUAAAGGAUGAAAAACUAUCUGCUGAAAAUGUAAUUUUUGAAAAACCUCCCCCAUCUCCAGAUGUAUCUACAAGAAGACAUCGAAAACAGAUGGAAUUAAGUAAACAUAACUUUGAUGAAUUAAAACAACAAAAUUUUAAUCUAACCACUACAAAUGAGAUCCUUGCCCAUGAGCUUGAAGAAAUUAAACAGGAAAUGAAGGAAUUAUAUGCAAAACUUAAGGAAAUGGAAAAAGAUAAUGGAAGUGUGAAAGAGACUGAACAGAGUCCUCAAAGGAAAGUUGAUGUGGCUGAAUUUCUUUCUCUAAGACGACAAGCCCAGGAGCUGGUGGAUGAAAAUGAUGACUUGAAAAUGAUUGUCUACCGUUUGAAUGUAGAGCUAAGUCGAUACCAGACUAAAUUCAGGCAAUUAUCCAAAGAAGAGAAUAAAGAAAUUGAAGGUCUUCCAUUCAAGGGGCCUCCACCACCUUGGCUGUUGGAUAGGAAGUAUUUAUCACCAUUACUCUUAGCCUAUGAAGAUAGAAUGAAAGAAAAGGAUGAUCUAAAUGUCAUGCUUGAGGAAGAAAUGAAAAUGUUCAAGGUACGAGUAGAAGAGGUGAUAAAAGAGAAUGAAACACUCCACCAAGAACUGAAUAAAAGUAGUCCUCUCACCAGUAAGGAAUGGCAUCAGCUACAAACUCAGGCCCAGCUUGUGUUAGAAGAAAAUAAAAUUUUGAUGCAGCAGCUUGAGAUUCAGCAAGCCAAAGCCAAAGAGAACAACCAGCAGCACAAUCAAGAAGUUUCCAAACUGAUUAAACAGCAAAUGCUUCUGGAAAAUAUAAAGAGCCAAGAAAAGACACUAGCAGAGAACAAGGAGCAGUUGGACAUUUUACACUCUAAAUGUCAAAACCUGAAAAUACAAUUGGAUAGCCAAAUAGAGAUAAAAGUCCAUGACACAAUUGUGAAUGAACUGAAAAGCCAGUUGCAGAAGGAAAAAGAGAAAUGGAACGUGGAGACUGACAGCUUGAUAGGAAAGAUGACAGAGCUGCAAGCCCAAACCAAGAGCCUGCUUUUAAAUAAAAGUAAAUUGGAAGCUGAAAACAGAGUCCUGGGAGCUGAAUUGGAAAAGGCACAGAAAUUAAAUAGGGGAUCUCAAAAGCAAAUAGACCUCCUUCAACAACAAGUAGAAGAAGCAAUGGAGAAAGAAGAGGUAGCUCACCAGUAUCUGACAAAUUUUGUCAUUUUGGCAAAUGGUGUAGCUCAAGAACGUGACAAUCUUAUACAUCUGGCUCAGUGCCUAGAAAAUGAAAAUCAAGAAGUCCUCUACAAAAUAAUAGAAGGGAAUGUUCGCUUAGGAAAAUUAGAAGAGAAGAUGAAGGUGUAUAAAAAGAAAGUCGCUGUGAAAUUGGGAGACUUCAAUCACAGAGUGACCAAGCAAGAGGAGGACUUUGCUGAGAAGAGUGAUCAGUACCAGCGAGAGAUGAAGCACCUCCAGCAGCUGCUGAGAGACAAGCAAGAGGCUCUGGAAGAAGUGCUCCACCAGAAAAGAGAGGUAGAAGGUGAACUUGAAGUGGUUUGGGAAUCUACUGCCAAAGAAAACCAAAGGAUGAAAGAAUUCCUGCACACCACCUUCAAGAAGACACACUCGUGGAAGAAAGCCAGCGUCUGUGACUCAGGCUUAAACCAGAUCUCCAAGGAAGACUUGGUUGAAGGGUAUGCUCUUAACUAUUGUGAGGUGAAGUCUUCUUCAGGUAUCCAGCUACCAGAAAUGCCUGCUCUACUUACUUUGUGCCAGACAGAACCCUAUGAUAGUAAAGACAGCACAUCCAAAGCAGAAUUUUUUCUCCAAAGGGAAGCCAAUUUAUAUUGAAAAGGAAGUGUAUUAUUCUCCUGUGCACAACAUUUUUCUCCUCAUGGCAAUGACACUCUUUACUUCAUCUAAAAGGUGGAAUAAACUGUCCAAGAAAUCUAAUUUACUUUUUUAAAACUUGUUUUUAUUUUUAAAUAGUAUCAUAAUAGCCUUAUAAUACUUCUUAUCAAAUAAAAUAUACUACCUUUCAGUAAUUAUCAUUCAAUUCUAGUUGUAUUUCUCAAGUAAACAAGUGACCUAAUUAGAGAAAUUUGAGUCCUAAUCACCAUCAUAUAACAGCAAUAAAUCAAAGUCUACUCUAAAAGUCUAGUAAGAAAGCAAUGAUGGUUUUGACUGUUGACUUCCUGAAAUUGUAAAAUAAUAAAAUUUGUACGAGAGAAAUAAGAUUUAUUUCUCAUGACCAAAUCGUGUUCCAUGUUAGCACAGUUUGGAAAUUUACAAAACUUUAUUAGAUAUUUGAUCAGUUUUGUUGUAUUUUGUUUUCAUUUAUGAUAUACCAUUUGCCUGUAUCACUAGAGACAUUUGCAGAAAUUUAUUUUUAAAUGGUCUUGCAUUCUAGCUGUUUAGAGUUAAAAUAUUUGGCCUGUAUAUGAACCUAUACAUAAGCCAGGAGAAACCCAAAGUUUAGGUAAUAACUCUUUUCUCUCUGGGCUCCCUCAGAGAGCAAUGGCAUUUUUUUAUUAUGUUGUAAAGAAGUUACUUGAGAAUUAAAGGCUAAAAAAUGAUGACAAUAUUUCCUAGGGCUAAAUUCUGGAGCACAUGCUUAUAUAUUAAUAUCUAUAUCACUGACCAUAUAUCAGUGCUUCAAGUACCUAUGCUUUGUUGUUAUAAGAUUUCUUUAUGUGGGAAUUACUUCCACUGAUGCAAAUCCUGGACCAAGGCCUUUCAAAAAGUUGUUUGGUUUUUUUUUCCCAAGUGCCUCAUAUUAGACAAUGAAAAUGGCCAGCAUUGGUCUCUUUGUAAUUCUCUCACUCACACACACACACACACACACACACACACACACACAAUCAUAAGAUACGUGUUGAUCUUUUGAUGGACCUAUGAUCUUGUUAUUUAUUUAUAGAAAAUUCCUUUUUGCUUCAGACUUUAUUAAGCUUGUUCAGAAGUCAAAAACAAAUGAGUUUUGUAUUUUACAAGGUACAUAAUGACUACUAUUUAGCCCCUCUCACCAGUCUGAAUAGUCCCUGGUAAUUACUAUAACUGGUAACAUUAUACAGUCUGUGUUGCAGCCAGAUUCUCCUCACCCCCCUCAGCCCUGCAUGUCCUAUAUCUCUGCUUUUGUACAUGUCCAUCAUGGCUGUGACAUAUAUAUACUCCCUCCUCAGCUUCCUGUCUUAGAAUCUUUAGGUCCCUGCAUGUCUCAGCUCAUGUACCACUGUUUGUGCUGCCUUCCUCCUCCUCUUCAGAUUAUCAUGUAUUUUUUUAUCUGUUUUCAUGCUGUAUUCCCCAAGUAGAAUGUAAG